AUGUUGCUGAAUGACUUAAUACUGGAAAUGAUCCCUAAACCAGUGCAGAAUGCAAGUAAUAGACCUGUCCAGCAGUAUCUAACAUCCUGUAGGAUAACCAACGAUUCUAAUCCACUAAUACCCACAUUAGCCGCUGUCAGGAACAUUGCCACGACUUGUAAGAAGAUGACAAUCUGGGCCCAUGUUUCGCCUCCCAGGAUUCUUCCGAGCUCUGCUAGUGAACGGAUUGGAUAUUCUGGAGAAUCAAACAGUAGGAAGAGCCACCAGAGGAGUCCACCGGCAAGCAGUGUAAGGACAAAACACGCAAUCAGGACCAGAUUACCUGGAACAUAG